AUUUAAUUAUGCAUUAUGCAAUUUUUUCUAAAAUAUGUAUUUUAUUUGUAUUAUCCAACAGGAAUCAUCAAAAGCACAGAAUAUGUAUUUCCAUUACUUAGUCUGGCUUUGGUUUGCUUCUUCACACAGUGAUUCUAGAAUCUACCAAGCCUGCAAGAAAAUCUGUUUUUGCAAAGAAGGGACAAUGUUUGUGAACUGUUCAGGAGUUCAUGCUCUGGUGUCAAAUCUAACCUUUCCCCCUGAUGCAGAACACUUGGACCUUUCUCACAACAACUUGUAUUCUAUUCCUUGGAAAUCUCUACGUUUCCUGUGGAAGUUGCAGGUUCUCCUUUUGAGCGGCAACUCCAUCCACAAAGUUGGAGAAAGAACAUUCAUUUCAUUGGACAGACUCCACAAGCUUGAUAUUAGUAGAAAUGAUAUCUCGUUUCUUGGCAAUAGUUUUUCAGUGGGUCUUAUUUCACUCUAUGAACUUAUUUUGGCCUACAAUAAACUGCAAGAGCUACAGUACAAAAAUUUUCAGUACUUUGAAAACCUUCAGAAGCUGAAUUUGCAAAAUAAUAACAUUUCCUCCAUAAAAAUGGGGACUUUCCGCAGUCUUACUUGCUUGAGGCAACUUUAUCUUCAGAACAAUUGCCUUCAUGCCCUACAUGCUAGACUAUUUUCUAUGCUGCAACACUUAGAGAUCCUGAACUUGGAGGGUAAUAUGAUAAAAACUAUUUCUCCUGAAGCCUUUAUUCCAUUAAGCCACCUUACAAUACUUAACUUGAUCCACAAUAAAAUUGAGCAUAUUAAAUUCAAAACAUUAUUAUCUUUGAAAACCCCUGGAACUCACCUCUUACUCUCAGACAAUCCCUGGUUGUGUGACUGUGAUCUUCAGAGAGUUUUUGCAAAACUGCACAGUGUCGGGAGACUAAUCUUGGAAGAUUACUAUAACAUGACAUGCAUGGAGCCCCAUCUCUUGAGAAAUCUGCCCCUGCCAGCUGUAGAUACGGAACUUUGCAUUGCUGAGACAGUGACUGUUCUUGUCAUAACUUUUACCGUAUUUGUAACUGUUGUAGCUGCCAUUGUAAUGGCUGAGAGGAACAGGAAGAAAAGGGCUGAGAAACACUGGAGUGACAUUGCUUACAAUGCUCAAAACUGAUUAAAUAUUUGGUAGUAGGAAACUCCGUGUUUGAAAAUGGUACUUAAUUUAGCUAUAUAUACUAGAACUAUUUUCAGAACCGUGCCUGUCUCCUUAAGUAUUUCCUGUUCAUCAGGAGUGCAAUGUACUGAAUCAAUCUAUCAUCAGCUGAGGCUGAAAAAAAGUGCUUUCAACAUAAUUUGGACUUUAAAUGUGUUCUUAGGAGUUGUGACAGUUCUCAUCCACAUUUCAGUCUUCAUAACAGUGAAGCUGACCUCUUCAGAUGUAAGUACAUCAACCACACUGGCAGCCACAUGGAUGACUACUGUUAUUAAUGCUGUGACUAAUAUGGAGCUACUAAGAAGAUGGAAUAGACAGGUGCAUUUCUUCACGAACCUAGAUCCAUUAUGUGAUCAAAUUAAACAUGAAACAACAAUCCAUUUGUAUAAUAACAUAAGAGACAGAAGUGUAACGAUUGCAGCAUUAUUAGCCAGCUUUUGUCCGUCCCAAAUAAAAAAGUAAA